AUGCCCGGCUGUUUUAAAAAGACUUUGUUUGCCUUGGCUUCUUUAAUCAGUUUUGUGUCUUUUAUCUUGAUUGUUGUUGCAAUGGGGACCCCAAAGUGGAUGACUGGAAAGAUCCUUUGCAAAACAGGAGCUGAUUUGGUCAAUGCCACAGAUCCAGAACUGGUCAAGUUCAUUGGAGAAAUUUACUAUGGACUCUUUCGGGGCGGCAAAAUACGCCAGUGUGGGUUGGGCGGGCGGCGUUCCAAAUUCACAAUUUUCCCACACAUGGUGAAAAAGCUGAAUACAGGCCUGCACGUGAUGAUUAUAAUGUUCCUCUGUGUGGCCAUUUUCUUUUCUCUGGUCAGUUUUGGAUUCUGCAUUCUUAACGCAAUAAAAGUUCCUUACCGGGCUAUUAAAGGUCCAGCAGGAGUAUGCCUUUGGAACCUCCUUGCAGGUGGAUUUAUAGUACUUGCAGUCACCAGCUUUAUGGCUGCUGUGAAACUUCAUCACCUCACAGAAAGAAUUGCCAAUUUUCGGGAAAAUGUGUUUCAAUUUGUUAUCUUAGAAGAAUGGUUUGAAGACUGUUUUUGGCUUUGUGUGGCAAGUGCCACAGCACAUGCAAUAAAUUUGCUGCUAAUAGCCGUUAGUGGGAUUCGUUUCCCUAAAAUUAAGACUAAAACAGAAGAAGCAAAUGUUACAGCAGAAGAUAUCAUGUACUAA